AUGAUCGCCUCGUCCUGGCUCAAACAGUCCAUCAUCACCGUCCUCUGCGUCCUCGGUAUCCCCUCGUACCUCUCGGCGCCGAAGCCCAUCUCGGUCCACCUCAACGGGCAGUCGAGCGUCACCGUGCCCGCCAACCGGGCCGUCGUGUCCCUGCACAUCUACGCCGAAGGGCCCAAGCAGGACAAGGUCGCCAAUGAAGUGCGCACGACUGCCGACGACGUCCUGGCUGUGCUCAGGCCGCUCGCUCAGCUCCCCACCGUCAACGCGUCGGCCAACAAUGGCGACUUCGAGUAUGAGCCCGCCGUGGCCGACCUCUCCGUGACGACCUUCCGCAGCUACUCGUGGCAGAAGCCCGGGUCGCUGCUCUCGCGCGAGACGCCGCAGUACCAAGCGAGCAUGGAGAUCGAGGCCGAGUUCCGCGACUUCGACCCGCUGGGCGCGCUGCUCGCGCAAAUCUCCAAAACGCCCGCCGCGUCGGUACAGUCGCUGAAGUGGACGCUCGACGACGCCACCAAGAAGCGACUCUUCUUCCAGUGCCGCUCCGCGGCCAUGGUCGACGCGCUCGACAAGGUCCGCGCCUACGUCCGCCCGCUAGGCAUGGACAAAGUCCGCGCCAUCAAAAUCUCCGAGAGCCACCGCCUUAGCCGGCACGUCGUGUACGGGGACGUCGACGGCCUGCGUUUCCAGCGCCACGGCGCCAUGCAUGACGAACUCGUGGACCACGCCGAGAUGCGUGCCGCGGCCGGGCCCGGGGACGAAGGGGACGCGGCGACCGAGACGUUCGGGCUCGAGCCGGGCACGCUGGAAAUCGCCGCGCAGGUCGAAGGUGAGUUCUGCGCGUGGAAGACGGGCUUGGAGGCCUGGUUCAGGAGGGGCGGCGUCUGA